AUGGAUGCCUCCACGGGCAAAACGCCAUCUUCUCGGAAACAUCGAAAUGUUUGCCCGGAUCGACCGUUGUAUCGUGAUGGGAGGCGUGACAGGGCGGUUAAGGUUUUCACCAUCAACCAGGAAUCCCGCUACCUGCUUGUUCAUGGGGUUCCUGAUAUCAACAUCACCGAUGAGCUUCUCAAGCUCUUGUCCCUCUAUGGUGUGAUAGAGGAGUAUCGCACUCUGGAUGAUGAUUCAACUGCAGAGGAGUUCACCAAGACACACUGGAUCAAGUAUGCAAACAUCCAGGCAGCUAGAGUUGCCAAGCGCAAGAUGGAUGACCAUUCCUUCUAUGGAGGAUUCCUGCAUGUGUCCUAUGCUCCCGAGUCCGAGAGCAUCCAGCACACCAGGGAGAAGCUCCAGCAGCGGAGAAUGGAUGUGGCACGCAGACUGAGGAAACUUGCACAAGAGAGGGCGCCAGAUGUUGAUGACAGCAUAGAAACUGUUGGUGCUUUGUCAAGCACAACAGAAACAAAUGACACAUACCUUGAUGGACCUUCACCUAUGACAGCAUGGAUGUCCAUUCCACCUCCACAACAAAUACAUUCAGCAUGUCAUGGUCCUCCAUUAGUGACUGCAGAGGGUGGAUAUGAUCAAGGUCACAGACAUUCUAUUCAUGAGCAUGGUAACCCUGAUCAGGAAAUAAUGCGGUUCCCUCCGUCCCUCCCUGAACCCCCUCGAAGACUACCUCCCUGGCAGUGGAACAUUCCUAGCCAGCCAGACUUCCCAAGACUGCGCACUAAACAUGACACUCUCCCUGUUGGGUACAAUCCAUUCCCUGAGGGGGGUGGUCAGCCCAAUCAAGCUGGGAUGGAACAUCCUCAUCAAAAUCAAUCAUCAGUAUCAGCAGCACCUACAGGUGCAUUUGUUGGACCAUUGCGUCCCCCAGAGAGGAGUUCAAUCAACCCUACGUUAGAUUCAUACACACAAAGUCCAUUGCCUCCUGGACAGAGAUACAUGUAUAGGGAGUCAGGUGCAAGGCCAAAGGAUGGAUCUACUCGUUCUAAACAGACUACCGGCAGUGGUCACCAUGAAUCCAUGGAGCAGCAGAAUGAUUAUCAACAAAUCCAGACUGGCCAGUGUCAAAGUGUUGGAUUCCAAGGAGGAUAUCGUGAUGCUGAUUCUGAUCAUUCGCAAAGCGAGCAGAGACCAAAGCUGGUUGGUAAAAGGAGAUUAAAUUCCAACCCUUCAAGCUCUCCAGAUAAGCAAACAGAUGUGACACACAGCAAUACACAAUGUACUUCAAGCCUUACCAGCCAGCAUGCCUUUGUACCUCGUCCAGUUAGUACCAGAGCAAAGAGGUCAGCCUCCAGCAUAGAUGAAGCUGACCCACAGAAUGGCCAUCAAAGCCCCCCGACCCUAGCGACAGGGGACCCUUCAUUCGAUAGGACGGUCAGCAGUGUACGAGAACAGAUGUUCCAGCUAUCUGAAGCAGUCGUGAGAAGUAGUACAGCUCCUAGAUCUGUCAUCCAAACAGCAAUUAUCCAAGCAAGGAACCAAGAGAGAAUGGGUCUACUACCACGCCCACCACCAACCAAGAGGCAGAGAAUAUGACA